AUCAUGGCGGAAGCCAACCAACAAUGGGUGUCCAAUCCUGUAGCACAGCGUGUGUUGAGCUACCUGCAGAUCGCCUACCCGAUCAUCCUCCUGAUCCUCUAUCUCCUCGCCUUCACGGCUCGCAGCAUCGUCGCAGCCGGAAAGGAAGAGCCAGUCGUGCAAGAGUCGGAGCAAUUGGGUCCAGGAGGCAAACCACUGCCUCCGAGGAAGAACAACCAGCCAAAGAAACACAGCACACACGAUCUUGAUUUUAGCCGGCCGAGGAAGUUGCUGUUCGAAUGGCUGUCAGUGGGCGUCAUACUCAGUUUGGGGGCCAAUGUCGCGGUGAUCAUAGUCCAUGCCCUGCUUGAGAGGAAAGAGGGCUGGUGGUGUGGAGAAGCACCCACGAUUUACCUGGUGGGAGCCUUCAUGGUGUACACCCUGAUGGUGAUCCACAUGAUUGAAUCCAUACCAUCUCCCACGGCAGCGCACUACGUGUCAUGGAUUGUGGCGGCAUUGAUGGAGAUUAUCCUGCUAGGAGCCUCAUUCGCGCUGUACACUUCUGUGCACCGGGAAUCCAAGGUCGGAAAGCCACAUGGAGGGGAGAUACGCCGAGAAAUGACCACAUGGGAAAUCACCGAAGUCGUCAUCGACAUUGUGCGGCUCUUCCUCAUCCUUGCUCUCGUGAGCUUCUACACGCUGUUUGUCUACCUGCUGGGUUUCGGCAAGAGACAGGAGACGAGCCACGAGGAGGAGAGAACAGCAUUGCUCGCGAACGGAACGCAUGAGAAUGGAAGUGCCAAUGGCAAUGGAUCAGCCGUGGGAUACGGAACGCAGAAUGGCAAACCAGCCGCACCACAAUCACGCCAGGAGGAGGUCCCAGCGGGGUGGGAAAAGCCGAAGCAGACGCCCUCUCGAAGUUGGUGGGAAUACCUGCGAGCAUACACUGUGUUCCUGCCAUACAUAUGGCCAGCAAAGGACCGCAAGCUCCAGAUCAACUUCAUCACUUGCAUUGGCAUUGUGAUCAUACAGCGCGCCAUUCAACUAGCUGUUCCCAUCCAAGCAGGCAAUAUCACCAACAUUCUGGCCGGCAAAGAUCCCUCCGGCAUUUACAUGCCCUGGUUCGCCAUCGGUCUGUACAUCCUCUACCGGAUCUUCCAAGGAGGCAACGGGCUUCUUGGAGCUGCCAGGCAGGUAUUAUGGAUUCCGAUCGAGCAGUACUCGUACCGGGAAUUAUCUGUAGCAGCCUUUGAGCACGUGCACAUGCUCAGCUUGGAAUUCCAUCUGGGCAAAAAGACUGGCGAGGUGCUUUCUGCGUUGGGCAAAGGCGCAUCGCUCAACACCUUCCUGGAAUCAGUCACUUUCAACGUGUUGCCCAUGCUCGUUGAUCUUGGCGUGGCCAUGGUCUACUUCCUCAUUUACUUUGACGCCUACUAUGCUCUGGUGAUCGCCGUGGUCACAUUCUGGUACAUCUACAUCACCAUCCGUAUGGCCUCAUGGCGUGCAGACAUCCGCAGACAAGCUACAAAUGCCAGCAGAGAGGAGGACGCCGUCAAAAACGACUCGAUGAUGUCGUACGAGACGGUCAAGUACUUCAAUGCCGAGGCAUACGAGUUCAACCGCUACCGGGAUGCGGUGAACAAAUAUCAGAAAGCCGAAUACCUGGUCACGUUGUCUUUGGCGUUGAUGAAUACCAUCCAGAACUUGGUGUUCAUGGUAGGCUUGAUCGUGGCGUGCUUCAUCGCGGCAUAUCAAGUCACCAGCGGACUGAUUCCGGUCGGUGAUUUUGUCAUUAUGCUGACCUACAUGACCCAACUCCAAGGACCGCUGAACUUCUUCGGUACCUUUUACCGAAUGAUUCAAAACAACAUGAUCAAUUCGGAGCGAAUGCUGGAACUGUUCAAGGAACAGCCGACAGUGAUUGACAAACCUGAUGUCACGACAUUACCCAGCUGCGAAGGAGAGAUUCGCUACAAUGAGGUGAAGUUUUCAUACGACACCAGGAAGCCAGCAUUGCAAGGACUGUCUUUCACAUGCGCUCCAGGCACCGCAACAGCGCUCGUCGGUGAGUCAGGGGGAGGCAAAUCGACCGUCUUCCGACUGCUCUUCCGCUUCUACAACGCCGAAGCCGGCAACAUCCAACUCGACGGUCACGAUGUGGAGAGCAUCACCAUCGACAGCUUGAGGAAACACAUCGGUGUUGUGCCACAAGAUACCAUCCUCUUCAACGAGACGCUCAUGUACAAUUUGAAGUACGCCCGACAAGACGCCACGGACGAAGAAGUCUACGCAGCUUGCCGUGCCGCCUCCAUCCACGACAAAAUCCUCGGCUUUCCCGAUGGAUACGAGACCAAAGUCGGCGAGCGUGGGCUUCGCCUCUCCGGUGGUGAGAAGCAACGAGUCGCCAUCGCCCGAACCAUCAUCAAAGACCCGCGCAUCAUCCUCCUCGACGAAGCCACCGCAGCCCUCGACACUGAGACAGAAGAGCACAUCCAAGAAGCCCUCCAAACCCUCGCUCAGGGUCGCACCAUGCUCGUCAUCGCCCACCGCCUCAGCACUAUCACCAUGUGCGACCAAAUCCUCGUCCUCCACGAAGGCAAAGUCGCCGAAAGCGGCACCCACCAAGAACUACUCGAGAAAAAGGGCCGCUACGCAAGCAUGUGGAAGAAACAAGUCCGCGCCCAGCGCGCCGCGGAAGAAGCCAAAGUGCUGAAGGAUAAGGCUGACAGACUACGGCGGGAAAGCAUGGACAGCAGCGCCGCACGAGGUCGAGGCGGGAUUCUGGAGGAAGACACACCGCCUUCCAGCGACGAGGACGAUCACCUCCAUCGUGCGUCUGCCGCGGGAGGUAGUCGCAGCGCGAGUGCCGGCAAACAACGCGAACAGACGGAAUUUCAACGCACGUUAUCUCUACCGGCGGAUUCGGCGGUUCCGAACGCGCAGAUUUCGUCCGCACUGACGAGUGGGCGAGAUACGGGCACGGAUAUGGCGGGUCCGAGGGAGGCGUUAAGGAGUGGGACGGUGAGGAGUCCGAGUCCCGUGCAGGAGGAACCGUUUGGACGACCACCUGGCCAUCCUUAG